AUGUCAAAGUCAUGGGCAUCGACGCUGAGGUUGCCCAAGUCCACCUUCCCACCUCGCCCGCUCCCGCAGUUCCGCGCCGACUACCUGCGCCGAUGCGCCGAUGAUUUCUACAAAUGGCAGUCGGCCAAUGACUCUCGACCGGGCUUUACGCUUCACGAUGGGCCCCCGUACGCGAAUGGUAGCCUUCACGUUGGCCAUGCCUUGAACAAAGUCCUCAAGGACAUGAUCUCCAGAGUCAAGGUCCAGCAAGGUUACCGAGUGCGAUACAGACCAGGCUGGGAUUGUCAUGGUCUUCCGAUCGAAUUGAAAGCCGUAGGCACCUCUGGCGGCAAGGACAUGACCGCCGUUGAGAUUCGAAAGGCUGCGAGGCAGCUCGCUUCCAAGACAGUUCUGGAACAGAUGGAGGGUUUCCGAUCAUAUGCUGUCAUGGGCGACUGGGACGCACGCUGGACGACCAUGGACCCCGACUUUGAGAUUAGGCAGUUGCGUCUGUUCCAGCAGAUGGUCCGCCGAGGCCUCAUCUACCGCAAGAACAAGCCCGUAUACUGGUCUCCGUCCUCGAGAACCGCGCUCGCUGAGGCCGAGCUGGAGUACAACGAGAACCAUGUCUCGACGGCUGCGUACGUCAGAUACCCCAUCAUCGACGGCCCUGCCCUCCCCGGUUUCUCUGGUCAGCUCUACGCCAUCAUCUGGACUACCACCCCCUGGACACUUCCCGCAAACAAGGCCAUCGCCAUCCACGACGAUCUGGAAUAUGCCGUCAUCGCUGUCAACGGAAGCGCAUACCUCACUGCUGUCACUCGUCUUGAGGCCGUUAAGGCCCUCUUCAGAGACGCCGAACCAGAGGUCAUCGUGCCUUCCAUUAAGGGCUCCGAGCUGAGAGGAUUGAAAUACCACAACAGGCUUCAGGGCGUUCAGUCGACUCCCCAGCCCAUCAUCCACGCAGACUUUGUCUCUGCCGAUUCUGGUACCGGUCUUGUUCAUAUUGCUCCUGGUCAUGGUUUCGAGGAUUACGAAGCUUGCGCCGCGCUCGGGAUCGACGCUUUUGCACCCAUUGACGACGAAGGAAACUUCACCAGCGAAGCCUUCCCUGAUGCACCCGAAAAGUUGACCCAAUCCUCCUCGAUCCUCAAGGGUGGCAGCAAGGCUGUUCUCGCCCUCAUCGAGGACGACGUCUUGCAAGCUGCCAAGUACAAGCACAAGUACCCCUAUGACUGGCGGACGAAGCAGCCCGUAGUCAUGAGGUCGACCGCACAAUGGUUCGCCGAUGUGGACAGUAUCAAGGACGACGCCAUCACCGCGCUGAAGGAUGUCAAGUUUGUCCCCGCCUCUGGAAGAAACCGACUCGAGAGCUUCGUCGUGGGCCGUAGCGAGUGGUGCAUCUCUCGCCAGCGUGCCUGGGGAGUUCCCAUCCCCGCCCUGUAUGAUGCCAACGGCGAUGCUGUGGUUACGGAGGAGUCUGUCGACCACAUCAUCUCAGUCAUCCAGAAGCGCGGCAUUGACGCCUGGUUCUCCGACGCCCCUGAUGAGCCCGCCUGGGUUGCCCCCUCUCUGCAAGGUCGUUACCGUCGCGGUACUGACACCAUGGACGUGUGGUUCGACAGCGGCAGCAGCUGGACCGAAAGUGGCGGCCAGGCUGACGUCUACCUCGAAGGCUCUGACCAGCAUCGCGGUUGGUUCCAGUCAAGCCUCUUGUCCUACGUUGCGGCCCAAAGAGCUGAGGGUGAAACGCAGCCCAAGUCGCCUUUCAAGACUCUCAUUACUCACGGUUUCACUCUGGAUGCAAAGGGCAAGAAGAUGUCCAAGUCCCUGGGCAACACCAUCACCCCUGGCGAGAUCAUGGACGGCACACUGCUGCCGCCUCUCAAGCUCCGAGGCAAAGCCAAGGUCGCCGGCGCUGGUCCGACCUACGAGGCCCUCGGCCCUGAUGGCAUCCGCCUCUGGGCCGCCAGCUCCGAGUACACCAAGGACGUCGCCAUCGGCCAGAAUGUUCUCAAAUCAGUUCACAUCCAACUGGUCAAGUACCGCACCAUCAUCAAAAUGCUACUCGGCUCGAUGCACGAGUCCGCUCGCACCGCCCCCACGACGACCCUGGACCAUAUCGCCCUCGUCCAACUGAAGGACGUGAUGGAAGAAGUCCAAAAGGCUUAUGCAUCCCACGAAUUUUACAGAGCUUUCAGCGCCAUCAACCGCUGGGUCUCCAACGACCUGUCCGCAUUCUACCUUGAGGCCAUGAAGGACCGUCUCUACUGCGGCGACGGCGGCGGCGUCCUGGAGCCCAUCUUCCACGGCUUCCUCCGCAUGCUCUCCCCCAUGACCCCCCUCCUCGUCGAAGAAGCUUGGGACCAUCGCCCGGAAUGGAUGCUCCCCCUCGCCCACCCCCUGCAGACCCCCUAUGACGCCCUGGUCCAUACUAUUCCCUCUUCCGUUAUCAACGAAACCUCCCUCCGCAAAGACAUUCCCGCUCUCCUCACCGCCAACUCCGCCAUCAAAGCUGCUCAGGAACUCGGCCGCUCCGCAAAGGUCCUUGGCUCGGCGCUGCAGUCCUCCGUUAUCCUCAACAGCGAGGACCCCGCCAUCCUCGGCGUCCUGGAGAAGUACAAGCACGAGCUCGAGGCCAUGUUCGUCGUGUCCUCCGUCGAUGUUGGUACGCCCGUUCCCGAGGCCAGCGAGUGGAAAUACGCCGUGGAGUCCGCCAUGCCGGGUAAGCCUCAGGCGUUGGUACAUGCUACCGUACUGCCGCCCAAGGACCACAAGUGUCCCCGCUGCUGGCGGUACAUUGCGCCCAAGGAGGACGAUCUUUGUGGUCGCUGCGAAGAUGUCACGGCGACUUUGUAA